CACACACACACACACACACCUCCCUCCCCUCUUACCUCUUGCAGAGAACCAGAGCUGCGGCAGGACACUCCUCCACUCUGCAUCACAAAUGAAACAUUGAACUGCUGCAGAGCUGCUCCUCCACCUUUUAAAGAUUUGAACUGAGUCGUGUUUCACAUUUGGUUUAGAUUUGCUUUAGUGGCAGGAUUAAAGCCUGUUUCUCCUUCUGAGAGAAGAUGAGCAUCAGCCUGCAGCUUCCUGUGGACUAGGAGCAGAGCGAGCCGUCACGUUUCUUCAACACGCAGCUUCAUCGAAUGGCCACUAGUCCCAGCAGCGCCCAGCCGUCCAGCAGCAUGGAGGAGACACAGCAGCCCGAGCAGCCAAUCAGCACGCAGCCAGAUGGCGGCGAGGCAGACCACGCCCCCGUGACCUCUCAACCAGCUGAGCAGGGAGCCGCCUCCUCAACGACAGAGGAGAUAACAGAGGAGGGAGGAGCCAUGGAGCACCUGACUGUGAUCAGCGACAACAUGGAGACCAGUAACGGAAUCGCUCCAGCGAUGGUCGACUCCUCUCCCACAGCGUCCUCUGUGUCGCCCAUGCUGCACGCCAAGCCGGGCGGCCACGCCAACGGUCGCCCUGGCUUGGGCAGCCGGUCCGGCUCGUUAGCGGCGGGCUCGCCCAGGCCCUCGCUCACCCGCCAGCCCAGCGGCAUCAUAGAGGGCGCUGUGGACGGGUCCAAGCCGCGGGAUUACCUGAUCCUGGCCAUCCUGUCCUGCUUCUGCCCCCUGUGGCCAAUCAACAUCGUAGCACUCACCUUCUCUGUGAUGUCCAGAAACAGUCUGCAGCAGGGAAACGUGGACGGGGCUCGUCGUCUGGGCCGUAACGCCAUGAUCCUGUCGGUGGUGUCCAUCUUGGGAGGAAUCGCCAUCAUUGCGGCAGCCAUCGCCCUCAACUGGGGCUUGAUAUUAAAGUCCUAAUGAAAUGAGCGUCAGCAGUGAGACUGAUUUCUCGACUUCUGGAAUUCUCGAUUUCUCGACUUCUGGAAUUCUGGACUUCUCGUUUCCUCACGUUCCUGAAGCACCAUCCUUUUUCACGCUCCUGCACCGGAUGAAAAACGAGUUAUAAAAAUCCGUUCCUGUUCUUUGCUGUUGUUUCUCGCUGCACGAUGAGCAUGUUCCACCUGACGCUCUACCUCCGACACCACCAACGAACCAACCCGACACCGGCGCCCCCUCCUGGACGCCUCAUUAAACCUCCUCGUCGCUUCCUCUCGCUACAAUCUCUCCCAUCUGUUGUCAUGGCAAUGGACUGGAUCCGUGUCCAUCGAAACUGAUGUGUUAAUGAUCUCUGUGCCACAGUUCGGACAUCGGAGAGAACCGACGGACGUGUUUUCCACUUUUUGAUGCCAAAAGAAUCAGAAACUGAAGCGAUGAACUGUUUGUCUCUUUAACGUGAACGAAGGAAAGAAAAAGACAAACGCACUGAUAUGUGAUUUGAGACGUUUUCAGUAUCUAAACGUCGUCUGUUACGCACAACCACCGAGGUAGACGAGUGCUGCCUCCUGGUGGUCGAAUCACAGAGACUAAAGUCCUGACGUCAGCUGCUCUACGACGUCUCGUUGUUCAAUCAGUCGCUCUGAAAAAAGGAUGUUUACUUUCAUACAUUAACACAAAAAGCUUCCACUACAUUUACGACUGGAAACUAAUUACAAAGCUAACGUGAGGAUCCAUCUCUGAAACGCUUUUAAAAUAUUUGACAGAGUUCACUUCCUAACGACCAGUUUCUCUGUUGAUUCAACAGAAAUUUAAAAUAAGACCGUUAUCUUCUCUGAUAGCAGCGUUUGACUCACAAUAGCAGUGCUAGCACCAGCGGUACACUCACAGCAGCUGUGUUUAACGUGUGUGUCGCUAACACACGUGUUGUGAACAGAUAACUUAGGGCUUCACCUCAUCCGCCCUGUGCAUGUUUACAGUAUUUAUUACAGCAAGCUUUUACAUCCGACGUAGCCUCAUUUAGCACGAGCGCUAACUGAGUAGCACUUUGUAAAUAAACAGUAUUCAUUGUUGUGAACAGUAACUGACCCACAAUCCACUCACACACAAACUGUGGGUUUUUAGAAAAUGUCGCUGCUGUUGAGUGACUCAACGUUUGAACUUUGCACCAAUCAGACGGUGUCUCUGAGGUCAGGUGGGG